GGCCGCGAGUCCAGCUGGCGGUAGCCGUGCCCGGCAUCUCCGCGGUGGGCAGCGCGGCCGCCGCUCCGCAGCGCAGGGACCGCCGCCGGCCGCCCCCAAGAUGCUGUUUUGGCACACGCAGCCGGAGCACUACAACCAGCACUCGACCGGCAGCUACCUGCGAGAUGUCCUUGCGCUGCCGAUCUUCAAGCAGGAAGAACCGCAGCUGUCUCCUGAGAACGAUGCCAAACUGCCACCCUUUCAGUAUGUCCUCUGCACAGCCACCUCACCUGCCGUGAAACUGCAUGAGGAAACCCUGACCUACCUCAACCAAGGUCAGUCUUAUGAAAUCCGUCUACUUGAGAAUAGGAAAUUGGGAGAGUUUCAAGAUUUAAACACAAAAUAUGUAAAGAGCAUAAUUCGUGUAGUUUUCCACGACCGCCGCCUGCAGUACACAGAGCAUCAGCAGCUCGAGGGCUGGAGGUGGAGUCGCCCUGGGGACCGCAUCCUUGAUAUAGAUAUCCCGCUGUCAGUUGGUAUCUUGGAUCCCAGGGCUAGCCCAACCCAGUUGAACACUGUUGAAUUUCUCUGGGAUCCAUCAAAGAGGGCUUCAGCAUUCAUUCAGGUACAUUGCAUCAGCACAGAGUUUACUCCACGGAAACACGGAGGAGAGAAAGGGGUGCCCUUCCGGGUGCAAAUCGACACCUUUAAGCAGAAUGAAAAUGGUGAAUACACAGAACACCUGCAUUCUGCAAGCUGCCAGAUCAAAGUGUUCAAGCCUAAAGGAGCAGACAGAAAACAGAAGACUGACAGGGAAAAAAUGGAAAAGAAGACCACCCAAGAGAAGGAGAAGUAUCAGCCUUCCUAUGAGACAACUAUUCUGACAGAGUGCUCUCCCUGGCCAGAUGUGCCUUAUCAAAUGAACAAUGCUCCAUCUCCAAGCUACAACAGUUCUCCCAACAGCUUCAACCUCGGAGAUGGCAACAGUUCUCCAACCCACCAAAUGGAGCUCCUGCCUCCCAGCAAUGAUCAUCUCCUUCCUUCUGCUUCUAUUCAAGAUGCCCAGCAGUGGCUUCAUCGUAAUAGGUUCUCUCCAUUCUGUAGACUCUUCUCAAGUUUUUCGGGUGCCGACUUACUGAAGAUGUCCAAAGAAGAUUUUGUUCAAAUCUGUGGGCCUGCUGAUGGAAUUCGGCUCUUUAAUGCAAUUAAAGGAAGAAACGUAAGGCCCAAGAUGACAAUUUAUGUCUGUCAAGAACCAGAGCAAAACAGGUCUCAUCUCCACCAAAAACGAGAAAAUGGAGAUGGAAGUCUUUGUGUGUAUCAUGCAAUCUUCUUAGAAGAACUGACCACGCUGGAAUUAAUGGAGAAGAUUGCAAACUUGUACAGCGUUUCUCCACAGCAGAUAAAUCGGAUCUACCGGCAGGGACCCACAGGGAUCCAUGUAUUAGUGAGCAAUGAGAUGGUGCAAAACUUCCAAGAUGAAUCUUGUUUUGUUAUCAGCACAUUAAAAGCUGAAAGCAAUGAUGGCUACCACAUCAUUUUAAAAUGACCGUGCUGCACACAGAGACUUUAACAGCCUAAAAUUUAGUGCCUCACUGAGAUUGCUACAACCUAGACUGGAAACAUGAAGAACCUUCUGGAUAAAUGUUCCUGUGAACUAAGAAUUACCAAACAGCUUAAGAAAAAACUUGCUUUUACAGAUAGAAAUUUUUGGUGGUGUGUGAUUUUGGUGGGUUUGGUUUUUUUGUUUGUUUGGUUUGGUUUUGUUUUGGUUCUUUUGUUUUUUUGAAGCUGGAGCUGAGAACAUCCUCAAAGCUUGUACAUGUUUCUUCCUCCCUCCCUUCCUCUUCAGUCUUAAAAGUUGUAGAGGUUUCUGCUUAUUACUUAGAAACAUCUGCCUUGUACUAAAGGGAAAUGAAAGAUAAACAAAUCCCAAUUCUCUUGACCCUCAUGUUUGGGUGAGUUGAUUUACUUACAGUUCUGAGUGUUCUCUUGCUUUUAACACAUUACCCUGAUGCUGAUGGACAUGGACUCCCCAAGGCUCCUCUUGUAUGCUUUGAGGUGGAAGGCUUGGGGCUACAUCCCAAAACAGAUUGGGCAAUGCAGAGGAUGGGUUUGGUGCCUAACCUUCACUUGAAGUGUCAACUCUGGAAUCCCGCACUUAGCUGUUCUCCACCUGCAGAUGUGCUCAAAGUCCAGAGACCUUGGUCCCUCCUGACAGACCUUCUGUAGUACCAAUCCAACUGAACAGUUUUGGGGGGGUUCAAGGGAGGACAGAUAACCUGAGGCAAGCAGUUCAGUACCAUAUUAUUAUCUUUAGCUUUAGAGUAGUCUCUGUGAAUGGAGCAUAUGAAGGUUUUCUGAGGAAGUGUUUUGAACAUUCAAAGCUCUAGUGCUCACGACAAAUUCAUACUAUGGAUUUAUUCUACUCUACAAAGUAGUGAGUAGCUGCUAUCUUUACUGUAACUGGGAAUUAGAUGUUUUAAUCUUAAUGGAUUUUUAUCCUGUUACUGAAGUAAAACUGAGUUUUGAUAAAGACCAGGUAACAGAUCAUCUUAGUUGCUGCUUCUUACAUUCUGGCUCUUUCACUCUUGACUCCUGUUUUCAAUAUCUGUAACUAUGAUCAUCUCCACCCUCCCUUGGUCUUUUGGGACUCCAUGCAGGCUCCAUUAAAGAAGUGGCUUCCAUUGAAGUCAAAGGCAAACUGGAUCACACCUUUCUUGCGUGGAUGAAAUCAUUUCAGUUUUGACAGCUAAAUAAUAAGGCUGUUUCCCCAAACUGAGUGUCCGUAUACCAUCAAAAUCUGAUUCUUGAACAUUUCAUUUCAUCCUGAACUGACAGGGAAAGCUGAAAUACCAAACAUUUUCCUGGAAUGGAAAUUUUUCAAAAAAUGAGAAAUUGUUAGCUGGAAAACACUGAAUAAAAUGUUCCAGCCUUUUGAAAUGGAAACAUUUAAUUAAAUCCAUUUGGCCCUUUAAAGCAGCAUCAGUUUGGGCUACUGUUGCAGCCCUCAGAAACUGUCAUUCAAGUGCCCUGCGCGCUGUGUCUCCCUUGGGGCUGAGCUCUUUGGCUGAAUUACAGAUCCCAUGAUGCUCCUACCCUGGGUUAGUCAAACAGGGAAUGCGUCAUGAGGGCUGGAGAGGUGCCCAGGGAAAGAGGGGGCCAUGGAGCUCUUGAAUUACAGCUCCCAGCUGAGACUAGAGGAAUUCGGAUAGACACGGACUGAUAUUUCUCUGACAAAAGUUAUGUGUUUCAAGUUUUCCCAACAGAAAUAAACAGCAAAAUAUUGAGAAAAGCAACCUUUUUUUCAUUAAAAGCAUCAAGUUUUGCGCAAAAAACCCCACCCAUCCCCACUGAUUUUUUUUUUUUUUUUUUAUUUUUUUACACCGAAAAUAAUACUAGAAUAGAAAAAUUGUGUUACAAUGGGAAAACCUUCAGCCAACUCUGCUAAUUGAGCAGCAGUGCCUACUUAGGCACGAUCUUGCUCAACUGGCUGUCCUGGAUCCUCCAUGAAUUGUAGGCAUCCAAAAAGAAUACCUAGGCUUUGGGACAUGGUUCCUCCCUCUGAAAUGAAGGAAUUGAGGCUUCUUCGUUGAGGACCAGGCUGUGUAGGUGAGGAGGAGCUCCUGGCUGUGGAAUCCAGGUUGUGGCCACACAGUUAGAGCUGCCUUCCAAGACAGUAAUGAAUUCCAGAUGCCUUUGUGAGUAGGUGGGACCAGUGUGCCCCUGUGUACCAGGAGCUGCUUGAUUUAUUUUGUAGAAGGUGCUUUGGAAGAUGGAUGUUGGCUGUGGUUUUUCAUCGUGUUCUGUAAUACUGUCCCAGUGCAUGGUAUGGCUGUUGUGGGCAUGCAGCUCAGGUGAAUCUGACCUCAUGAGAAGGUUCAAAAUGGACCUUGAAGUUGCCAGGAGUGUAGCCUGUAUCAUAUCCACUUCGAUGUGAUAGGCCUGUAGCUGAGGGGACACAGCAAUACUGAUACACAGUAGAGUGAAGAAAGGAUAGAGGUGGUUUUGUUGCCAGAGCUAGGGACUGAGAACUGUUUGCUUAUUUUAAAAAGUCUAACUUCUUGAGUCUUUAAAAAACAACUUUGCCCAUGAGGAAUUAUAUGUCAAAGUCCUCAUAGUGUUUCAGUAGCACUUGCUUGAUCAAUUUUGAACCAAGAGAAGUCUGUUAAAGCUUUGCUGUAUUUAGAUUUUAAAAAAUAAAAUAAUUUUACUGAUGUGAGGAUGAAUUUGACAAUAUAUCUUGCUUUCAUGCUCUAAAAUGGUAUACCAGAGUAAACAAUCCCAGAGACUAUAAAUAGUUUUCAAUGGGUGGGUGCUACUGUUUUGUCUGUUUGAGCCUGUUGUAAAGCCGUACAGCUUUGGGGUGUGUAAUACCUACACUUAUUUGACAGAGUAGUUCUAGUCCUUGUUGAACCUCUGUAGUCCCAGCAGGAAUUUGGAGGUUUGUGGUUAAGUAACACACACCCAUGAAGACACAGCACAGCUGGUUUGGGGUCCAGGAGACUGCUGAGUUACUUCAGCUUAGAAUCAUAGACUAUCUCGAGUUGAAAGGGACCCAUAAGGAUCACUGAGUCCAAUGCCCUGGUCUUUAUAGGAGUACCUAAAACUGAUCUCUGUGACUAAGAGUGUCAUGAGUGUCAGCCAGAGCAUCCCAGGGGAGCCUGUCCCAGUGACCACCCUCCCAGUGAAGAACCCUUCUCCAGUGUCCAGUCUGAAAUUGCCCUGAUUCAGCUUUGUUCCAUUCCCUCGCAUCCUGUCACUGGUCACCAGAGAGAGAUCAGCACUUCCCCUCCACUGCUGCCCUUGAGAAAGGGGCAAAGAGAGAAAGACAGACUUGUCUCACCUGUGUGUCAGGUAAUUCUUGACUCUCCUUGGAUCUGCCAUCUGUGGAGGGACUUGUUUGACCUGUUUGUGGAAGUGGCAGCCUCCAGAAGGAAGCUUUUGUUUCCUCAAGACUGGAGGAAGCACAAGUGUUUAGUCUGGGAUAGAUACCUAAAAUCUAGAUAGACUAAAGGCAAGGGAGGUGAGUAGCUCCCACUCAUCUAAAUAGCAUUUACUUUGUUCUUAAGUGCCUGUUAGACUUAUUUUUACUUUGUUGUUGUUGUUGUUGCUCUUGCUUUUUAAAAAGUAAGAAAACCUGCUCAAAGUGAUUUAAAUGAGACUUUUUUCAGCUAUAUGUGAAAUUUGUACAGCAGAACUUUAUAAGGACUGGAGCUUAGGAUAACAGUGAGUAACAUGGUUUCCCAAACUGUCCAGCUUUUCAGUUGUAUAUAUGAUGACAGCCACUAUAAGUGGGCUUGCUGGGGAUGAAAAGGCAGAAUCAUUGUGUGAUUAAUACCAAUGUGACUCCAGCCAAUACUGCAAAGUAUAAACUUGACUUCUUGUCAGAUCUGUACUGUCUGUUUGAAAUUUCCUAAAUUGUGGCAUUUUCUCUAUCAACUGAGUAAAAUGAUACAGAUCAGUUAAUACGACCUUGGUGAUGUCCUGAAAACUCACAGUAAUGCCCACGAUACACAACUGCAGGGCAGGGAGAGGGCAAAUGAUCUGGUGAUAAAAAUUUGGCCAUCUGACUGGGGUAGCAGGACUGGUGCUAUUAAAAUUAAAUCUCCUGUUCUUUCUACUGGCCCUGCAUGGUUAACUGGCUAAAAUAGAAAUGAUCCUUCAAUAUGGAAAAUACUGGAGUUCUCAUUGUCUUAGUGUGAAAUUUGAUGGGCUGAAGUUUCAAGACUUGGAGGUGGUAAAAGGAUUCUUGCAUUUGAGAAACCCUGAAUGGCACUCUCCUUAUAAUGUAACAUAAACAUAUAUAUGCAUAUAUAUACAUAUAUAUCCACAUACAUACUGUACUGUAUCAACACAUAUUUGUGCUGAGUACAUGUGUUCUUUGGUUUUGACUGGUACUCUGCUUUGUUCAGUUGCAGUUCAAUGUAAAAGACUCUGGUUGAUCAAGCUUCAAAACCCAGCCAUUGCUUGGGUAGAAAUGUAAAAGUCCAUAGUAGCAACUAGGUGAUUUGGACACGGUACAUUGGAAUGAUGUAGAUUUGAUGAAUUUUUGAUGAAUUUGCGAUAUAAAUCCCAGGCCUUGGUGAAGAUGAGCAUAUUCUUUCACUGACACUGCAGUUCUACAUUGCAGCUUCUGAAAAUUAGUUAGAGUAACAGAGAAUAGAUUGCCCAAUGUUUUGUGAACCAGUAAGGCUACUCCAUAAGCAGAACAACCAUAUGAUGACUUUUCCUAGCUCAAUGUUGUAUUGCUUAAGCAUUGGCUGUAAUUCUAACAAUCAUCUGGUGAAUGACUGAAACAGGUUUUUUUGUCUGUGUCUGUUGGGGUUUUUUGACUUCUCAAAGAAAUGCUUGUAUUCAGACUGUAGCUUCUCUUUCUCUUACAGUUAUGAAAUGGUUUAACUUUAUGCUAGUCAUAGAAAUACUUUCUUAAGAUUAUAAUGGUUGACAGCACAGGGUACUCAGAGUGGGGAGUGUUUCGCUUUCAUCAUCACUACUGUGGGUGAAUAGGAGAAGGCAGACUGGAGGUGUGUCUAACAUCCUUGGCUCUCUCUAACAAAAGGGUUAAGCUAGUGCCUAAUUUUUUGUGCAUUUUUGAUUUGUACCUUUUUUUUUUUUUUGCCAUUCCCUCAAAAUUUUGCUCCCUGGCGGGGUAUGCAUUGGUGACCAGAUGGUGUACCCAACUUUUUAAAGUAGCCUGCUGUUGUCCCCGUUUGCUUGGGGUGAGUGUUUAUCUUUCAAAGGGGAGUUAGCUCUCUUCACUGACAGUGCAGCUGUUAGAGGCAGGCAGUGCUGGCCACAAAGUUGGCAUCAUGGGCAAGGGUGAGUGGAGGUGGAUCGAUGGGAGGCUGAGGCGUACCAGUUGUGAGUAAAUACUGCCACACUCUUCGUCUUUUCCUAUGUUGGUUUUUGGGUUUUUUUGUACAUGAAUAAAUAAAAAAAGCAUAUUUUGCACUGGCUCUUGUACUGUUGUGCAGAAGAAAUCCGUAUCUAGAAUCUGUGCUCCAGUCAAAAUGCAAAUAAAUCUGUUUGUAAGAA